AUGGGAUUAAGGCCAUCUCUCCACAUUCAGAAUAUUAUGAUUAAUUUUUACAGAAAACAGAAAAAUUAUGCAAAAUGCUUGGAAAUAUUUAAAUAUGGUCGAUCAUUGGGCAAACCAGACUUAAGCUUGACUCACAGUAUGAUGAUUGUGUAUGGAGAGAUGCAACGAAUCGACAAGGUUGAAAAACUGUUUGCAAAAAUUGAAAACAAAACAACAGAUUUUACUUUCAAAAUAAUGACCAAUACGUACUGUGCUGCUGGGCUUGUGGCACAGGCUGAGGAAUUCUUCUCAAGAGUAGCUCACAGAGAUGACAAGCUACUUAUUUCAAUGAUGAAAAUGUAUUCUCAAUUAGGAAUGCUUGAAAAGCUACAAGAAAUGUUUAGUCUAGUUCAAAAAAAAACAGCAGAUUGUGUCUCUGUGUAUAUCGACGGUUUGGCGCGAUUUGGAAACUAUUCCAAGGUUGAAGAAUGGGUAAAACAAAUACCGAAAGAUUUGAGGGAUUCUGGAUGGAUAUGGUCCUGUCGUUUGCAAAGUGCAAUGAAAUCUAUUGACGAGUUUAAAGAUCAUGAUGAAUAUUUGGAAGUGGUAAAGAGAAUUUAUCAAGAAAGACCUGAAAAUUUGACGCCUCAGAAACAAAGCUACGGAAGCAACUUAUUGAAUCGUGCCAUCUGUGCUCAUCUGGCUCGUAGAUCUAUGAAGUUGAAACAAGAGUAUUCCCUUAAACCAAUCAAUGAAUCUGUGGAAGAUGUUUUCAAAGAAUUUGCCGAAGAACAGGUAAAAAAAGCAAACCAAGGCUCAGAAGAAGGAAAAUUUCAAACAAGGACGCCCAAAAAGGAACAAUUAGCAUUGAACAAAAACAGUAUAUAUCGACCAGAUUAUGUGUCUCCUUAUGAAGCCUUUUUAAGGAAGCAUCAAGAAGGAAAGAAAGAAGAAUUUUCUGAAUAA